CGAUUUGGAGUGGCGUCCGGACUGGAACUUCAGUCUGCCCGUCCCUUACACGACACAGUUCCUUUGUUCAUAACUUCAUACCUUCAUAUUGGCGUCGAGGCUCCGUACCUGAGAAGCACAUGCAUACAACCGGCAUACUAUUUGGUCUCAAACAGUCAAACCACACUUAUCAACUUUCUCUUCAAUCUCCACUUCAGCAAGCCACCAUCUAAGCAGACACUAUCCCAAUCAGUGCAUCACCCCCAAUUCAUCAAUCAGCAUAAAGGGUACCAGACCUAACAAUCCCCAACAAAGUUCACCGCCUUCGCACCAUGCCCCCUAAUCCGCUCCCACCCCUCGGCCUCCCGCCGGCGGCAACAACCACCCUCCUGCGCACAGCCCUGCAGGACCGGGUGGCAGGUGUGCUCGUCGGCUCCGCACUGGGCGACACAAUCGGGCUGUACACGGAGUUCCUCUCUGCCUCACAAGCCGCAGCCGCCUAUCCAGCAGGGCGCUUCACACUAACCCCGGAAUCCGGCGGCCCAACUCCGUUCAGGCUCGACAUGCACCGCGCGUCGAAGGAACCGGGUCACUGGACCGACGACACGGACCAUGCGCUGCUGCUGCUUCUGGCGUUUUUGCACACCGCCUCGUCACCCGCAGUCGCGGGCGCGGAGACUUCCCAGCCGCCACCCCUGCCGUCCCAGACUGACUUUGCCGCGCGGUUGAGGGUUUGGGUGCAGAUGGGCUUGAGGGUCUUGGAUACCAUGCCGCUUGGCCUCGGUCGGUUGGUGAGCAGUGUGGUUGCGUCGGAAGGGUUUGUGGAGGAGCCGGAGAGGGUUGCCUGCGAGACGUGGAAGCGGACGGGCAAGAGGGUCGCGCCGAAUGGGAGUCUGAUGCGCACCCACCCGUUGGGGGUGAUUUGUUUGUUUAGGGAGGAGGAGGAGGCGUUCAGGGUUGCGGCGGAUAUUUCAAGGGUGACGCACUUUGAUCCGAGGUGCGUGGUGGCUUGUGUAAUUGGGACUGGGUUGGUCAGGGGGGUUGUCAGGGGUGAGGUUGUGGCUGAGGAGGAUGUGGAUGUCUUGAUCGAUCGGGCGGUGCAGUGGUUCCGUGACUCGAAUGAAGGAAUGGAAGGCGUGGAACUGAAUUUGGAGGAGCUGAAGAGGCAUGUUAGUCCCGAAUGGGGGUUGGAUGCGCUGAAUUUGGAUGAACAUGCCGCGAUUGGAUAUGUGUACAAGACACUUGGCUCAGGGGUGGUGCUGUUGCGAAUGGCGAUGCGAAGGUUGGCUGAGAGCAAUAGGGGGUUACUGGAACGGUCUCGACUGUUUGAGGAUCUCAUAACGGACCUGGUCAUGCGCGGCGGAGAUGCCGACACGAACGCUUGCUUUGCCGGCGCGCUGUUAGGCGGCCUGCUUGGGUAUUCGGCACUGCCUGACCACUGGAAGCUCGGACUCAAACAGAAGGAGUGGCUGAUAGGCAAAUCGGACGCCUUGUGCCAGGUCUUGGGUCUGAAGAACGGGUCAUACGACGGCCGGGAGGAUCCAGAUAUCGAGAUUUAUGGUGGCCGGCCAAUGCUCAGCCAGGAGGAGAUGGAGGCUCGCUGGAUGGUGUUGCAGGCCGAGACUGCCAAAAAGAUGAAAGAGGCGGCGCAAGUGAACAUGAAUGCUUCCAAACCCUCGAAAACUCGGUGGUCUUUACCGUGGCAGUCAAAAGGCAGGCAAGUUAAUAGUUGACCAUGAUACACAGUCAAGCUUCCCUAUACUGUGUAGGACACAGACUCAGAGCAUUUGACGCGCUGUUAUAAAGGGCUUCGCUGCUAUAUACCAGUGUCAACAUGUCAUAGUUUACCGAGAGUCCUGCGUCCUCCCCUCCCCUUUAAUCUUGUCUGCGGCGUCCAACCUCUUAACAACCCUUGCUGGAUUACCCGCAACAACAACAAAAUCUUCCACGUCCUUGGUCACAACGCUCCCAGCGCCAACCGUCACACCUCGACCGAUGGUCACGCCCGGGAGGACAGUCACAUUCCCACCAAACCAGCAGUCCUCGCCAAUGGUUAUGGGCUUGCCUAGUUCGGGGCCAUUAAGACCGUUGCGCACGAAGGGAUCAAUCGG